UGUGGAUUUCUUUUAAUUUAUUACAGAGCGGAACUAAAGUCACUUCGAAAGAAUAUUCUUGACGGACUGUAUUAUGAUUGGGGCGCGUAUUCCCGUUGCUGUGGAACCGUAUGAAAGAGAGCUAACGUAAAAGACAACCAAAAGAGGAUGGCUAUGAGACAAAGAAAUGUUUUGUUGGAUGGCGAGGAGAACGCAGUUGAGAUGGAAGACUUGGAGGAAGACUUCGCUGUGUCCAAUUCGUCGGAUGCAGAUGCAGCCUUUGAUACAGUAAUUGGGAAUAUCGAGGACAUCAUCAUGGAGGAGCGCUUUCAGCAGCUGCAGCAGGGCUUCAUGGAGAAAUACUACCUGGAGUUCGACGACUCCGAGGAGAACAAGCUCAGCUACAUGACCAUCUUCCAUGAAUAUAUUGAGCUGCUGGAAAAAGACAUUGAACAGCAGCUGGUAGAAAGAAUCCCUGGAUUUAGCAUGAACUCAUUCAUUCGUUCACUCCAGCAGCACAAGGACGAGGUCUCCGGAGACAUCUUUGACAUGCUGCUCACUUUCACAGACUUCCUGGCCUUUAAAGAAAUGUUUCUGGAUUACAAAGCUGAGCGGGAGGGAAGGGGGCUGGACCUCAGCGCCGGAUUGGUUGUUAAGUCUUUGAACUCCGCCCCCUCUCCACCCUUCACCACGUGCACAACUUCCCAGAUUCAGUGACCCCCUUGAAGACAACUUACAGGAAACACAAUCGCGCACAUGCACACGUACACACACACUCACACACGCACGCACAAAGGACUAACAAAGACCACUAACUACAUUCCCUGUAUUUAAAUUGUAUUCACCAGAUUACCUUGUUUUCACUGCAGCGAGUCUCGCUGCCGAACCUUCAUUUGUAUAUAUUGGAUGUUUUUGAUCAGUUGAAGGCUGACGUGGUUACCACACAAGAUAUUACACCGUUCUUUAACGUUUUAACUCACGCCCCAGCGUUUUGCUCGGGUGAAUGUUUCGGCAUCGCACGGCAGGGGUAGCUGGAAUCAUUUCAGAAGCGCCCAAGGAGAACUUGCGUCGUCAGUGUUUUUGUAUUUGAUUUUUAACUGAGAUGUAUUUCACGCUUUAUUUCGUUUUGUGCUCUGCGAGCCGUCGUUGCUUAGCGGAGUUUCAGGGAUCCCUGACUAGAAGUUUCCGUGGUGGAGCUGGAAGGAGUAUAGCUACCCGUUGUCGCUUCAAGAAGAAGAGAGAGUCUGACUUGCUUUCUCAAAAUAUUGAGAUUUAAAAUACAAUAGUCUUGUAAUGGGGAGAAUAGCAUCCGUUUUGCACAGUCGUUCUUUCAGUGGUGAAAGAUGUUCUUUAAAAAUUCACAUCCGCUUCUGUGUUGUCCCAUCCCUAGGUGUUGUACGUUAUGCGAUGGGACUCUGUAAUGAGAGAUCUACAAUUUUAUCCAAUUUUAUAAAUAUUUUCUGUAUUUAAUUGUCGGUGUAUUUGACCUGGCCUUGUUUUGUUUUCUGCCAGUGUCUUCUGUAAAUAUGGAUUUAUUUGGAAUAAAGAGUCCAACGAGU